AUGAAUCUUACACCCAAGUGCAAGUGGUACCUAGCAUUUGUGAUUGCAGUUGUUUGCUCCAAUGAAGGAGCAUCUCGAGUUCUAGACAGACUCAGUGCUGGAGGAGUACGUUUAGUGGAUGGCCCAUACAACUGCUCUGGCAGGGUGGAGGUGUACUAUGCAGGCCAGUGGGGUACAGUGUGUGAUGACAACUGGGACCUGCUGGAUGCCAAGGUAGUGUGUAGAGCACUGGGUUGUGGGGCAGCCCAGAAGGCCCUGGACCAGGCCCACUUUGGCGGGGGUAAGGGGGAGAUCUGGCUAGAUGAUGUGGAAUGUUCUGGGAAUGAAGAGUCACUGCUUAACUGCAGCUCAGAUGGACUGGGGUCACACAACUGUGGACACUUUGAGGAUGCAGGAGUGAUAUGUGAGGGUCAGUCAGGUCAAUCCCCUUCAGACUCCCAUUCUGGCUUGACAGUGCGCAUAGUUGAUGGUCCCAAUCACUGCUCUGGAAGGGUGGAGGUCUACCAUGAUGGGAGUUGGGGGACAGUCUGUGAUGAUAAUUGGGGUUUCCUAGAUGCCCAAGUUGUAUGUAGGGAGCUGAGCUGUGGACCAGCCACAGAGGCUCCUCACCAGGCUUACUUUGGUGAGGGGAGUGGCUCAAUCCUAUUGGACGAUGUGGCAUGCAUGGGAAGUGAGGGAUCUUUACUGGAAUGCAACUCAGGAGGGAUAGGAAACCAUAACUGUGGCCAUGAUGAAGAUGCCAGUGUAACUUGCAUGAUGGUGGUCCCAGAUGAUGGCCCGUUGAUCCGGCUGGUGGAUGGUCCUGAUCAGUGUUCAGGGAGGGUGGAAGUGUAUUAUGCGGGGCAGUGGGGUACGGUGUGUGAUGAUGACUGGGACGUGAGCGACGCUGACGUGGUCUGCAGACAGCUCAGCUGUGGGUGGGCUAUGGAUGCCCCCGGACAGGCCUGGUUUGGUAUGGGAGUUGGCAUUCCCAUUCUGCUGGACAACAUAGCCUGUGUUGGCACAGAAGGCACUCUCUUUGACUGCCCCUCUGAGGCGAUAGGUCAGCAUAACUGCAUGCAUCCUGAGGAUGCGAGUGUGGUCUGCUCAGGAUCACACCAGACUGGACCUUCAAUUCGCUUGGCCGGUGGCUCCAACAACUGCUCUGGUAGAGUGGAGGUGUUCCACUCUGGCCAGUGGGGUACAGUGUGUGAUGAUGACUGGGAUCUGAAGGAUGCCCAGGUGGUGUGUCAAGCACUGAGCUGUGGGAUGGCCCAGGAAGCCCCAGGUAGAGCCUGUUUUGGUCAGGGCUCAGGACCCAUCACUCUGGAUGAUGUAUCGUGUGAGGGCACAGAGAAAUCAUUACAAGACUGCAUCGGAAGUGAACCAGGGGUACACAACUGUGACCAUAAUGAGGAUGCAGGAGUCGUCUGUGCAGGUCCUACAGAGAACAUCGAGCAAAGCUCCACAUGGACCUACGAUAGCACUUCCAGAGUGCGUCUGGUCAACGGCACCAACAACUGCUCUGGUAGAGUGGAGGUGUUCCACUUUGGCCAGUGGGGUACAGUGUGUGAUGAUUGGUGGGAUCUGAGGGAUGCCCAGGUGGUGUGCAGAGAGUUGGGCUGUGGAGAAGCUCAAGAGGCCUUUAGAUCUGCAGAGUUUGGAGAAGGAAGUGACUCCAUCUCUCUGGAUGACCUGGCUUGUUCUGGCUCUGAAGACUCUUUGCUGCAGUGUCCCCACAGUGGACUGGGGAACCAUAACUGUGUCCACUAUGAAGAUGCAGGAGUUACCUGCGCUGGUCCUUCUGGAGGCAUCCAACCAUUCAACUCAUCAUGGACCCAGGGUUCUGGUUCCGGAGGUUUCUGAAACCAUAUAGAUCUUUCAUCUGUACAGUCUAGGAGUAUCAAGGGUUAACCAUAGACACUGUAUGUACGUUCUACUUCUAUUUGUCGUCAACUCUCUCCAGCUGGUACAUGCUGCUGUGCAAAUGAAACACACUUCUAAAAAUACAGUGUGGUAAACCAUAGUGCGUAACAAUUCAUUUCCAGCCAGGGGAAAUUCUUGCUUUCUGCAAGAAAGUGGGGUGGAACCAUUUCAAAUUCUGCCUCGUGUAUCAUUCACAAUGGCCAUCAAUAAUGACACAAUGCCAAGAAGGUCCUGUGUCACAGUUGUAGGACCGAGAAGGUGAAAACAACCUAGGCCAGCCAAGCACCAAAGGCCUUCUGAAUUUGAACUCAAAUACUGUUCAAAUGCAAUCACAUGACCUGUAAGAUGAAUAUGCAUAAGGUUUUGAAAAUGGUUUGUAUAGUGUUCACAUGCUUUAACUAACAAAUCAGUAUAUGAAUUAAAUUCAAUUCCCCCAAAAAUCAGAAAACAUUGGGAAAUUUUCAAUUAAUGGAUUUAAUUUCAAUUAAUUCAUGAUAUUUAGUCUUUUAAAAGUUUGUUGACAUUUUUCUGGUUAUACUAAACACUGUAUUGUUCCUUUCAUGGUUAGGACAUUCUGUUACUUGUAGAAUGCUGUGUGUCCUAUUCCCAAGCUAGUCUAUUGUGAAUUAUCAUUAAAUAUCUUUAAUUAAAUCAAAGCAAAUACUGUAUUGUUCUUCAAAAUAAUUUGGAAUUUUACCUAUAUAUUCACCAAGGUGCACAUAAGAGUAAGUUCACAUGCUAAGUUCCUCUCCAUCUUCUCUAGCAAUAGAGAGCAACAAUAGGUCAUCGUUAGAUUAAAAACAAGUAUUUAACCUUUUUAACUAGAAUGCCAGCAUCCCAGAGUCACCACUUCACUGUUGACUUUUGAGA